CAUUCACACACGUGUUUGCUUACACUAACCAGAAUAGGUUUUCGAUUUAAUGGUCCUCAAACAUAGAUGAAGAUGCACACUUGCAAUUUACGUUACACUAACAAACUCUCUUGAUGCACUGCCGUAUCUACCCCUGGUGCCUCUCUGCACACACACGAGAUCUUGCAGAAUAAGACGACUACUGCCGAGUGCUUAAUACAACUGCCAACUUUAGACCUGGUCUAAGGAAAAUAUAACAUGAAAGUGCAGCAUCAGAUCGUUUUAGCGAUUAUUCUUUUCGCUUACAUACGAAUGGCAAUAUCCCACAAAAAAUACAAAGAGUGCCAUCCUUAUUGUGGACGUACUCCAGACAGUGGUCAAUGUAAGAAGGGAAGGUGCCUUUGCAUGUGGACAAUGACCGGACCAUUUUCCAGAUACAUCAAGAAGGGGAAAAAGAAAGGAAGGAUUGAAGCUGCAUUUUGUGAAUGGAAAUGUGAUUAUUCCAAAAAAGAGCAAAACCCAAAGUGUGUUGACAACUAUGGAAUCGAAGAAGGAAACUCAAGUGGAAGUGAUUCAGAUUCUGAUGAUUGUGAGGACUAUGAGCUAAUGGGAUGAAAAAGAUGUGAUUGCUCUUUAUGUGUAUAAAUGAUGGUUCAAGUCUUUCAUUUGUAGCAACCAGUUAAAAUGAAUGAUACACAACAUUUUGCCGCAUACAAAUCUUGUUACCAUUGUCAAUAAAAGCACAAAAGCUUUGCCAUUAAUUAGAGUCAUGGUUUAUAAAUAUUAGAAUUCAUCUGAAUUUAUCUGGCAA